AUGGACGGCAUGGAACUGCAGCGAAGAGUUACACCCCAGGAUACACAGCACUCUGCGCCCUCAGAUACCGAAAACAUCAUCCCACCGAAUAUCAACAGUACCGAUGCAUUCGACGACAUACCUCCAAACGGCGGAUAUGGUUGGGUAUGCACAUUUUGUGUGUUCAUGAUAACAGUACACACCUGGGGCGUGAACGGCGCCUGGGGAGUGAUACUAAACCACUUCCUCCUACAUUCCACAUUUCCCGGCGCAACCCACCUGGACUAUGCAUUCAUCGGCGGUCUAUCAAUUUCAACCUGCCUAAUUAUCGGUCCAUUGGUAACAAAGACAUACAAAACCAUCGGGACAACCUUCACACAGCUCCUCGGCACAGCACUAGUCUUCGCCGCCCUCUUCGGUGCAUCGUAUGCCACCAAGAUCUGGCACCUCUUCCUAACACAGGGCGUCUGCUUCGGUAUUGGAAUGGGCUUCCUAUACUUAACCAGCAUGGCAGUCUUACCACCCUGGUUCUCAACAAAGCGAAGCCUCGCAAUCGGCAUUGCCGCUUCUGGUUCCGGCGUGGGCGGUCUCAUCUACAACCUAGGAGCCGGGCGUGCCAUCGAAACACUAGGCGUAGACGCAACCUAUCGAAUUCUGGCAUUCUGCGCCUUGGGCGCUAACACCUUCUCCUCACUCCUAAUGAAAGAACGGAAAGCAGCCCGCCCUGCCACGCCACAGCGAACCGUCAAUUACCGCGAGCUUAGCCACUUCGAGGUCUUCCUCUUGAUCCUUUGGGGCGUUGCUACUGAGUUUGGAUACAUUGCUCUCUGGUACUCGCUACCCAACUAUGCUUCCUCUAUUGGACUCAAUCCGCAGCAGGGUUCUGUCGCGGGUGCUAUCAUGAACUUGGGUCUUGUCAUUGGCAGGCCGAUUGUGGGACAUGCCAGUGAUAUAUUCGGGCGGAUCACCAUCUCAAUGAUGAUGACUGCGCUCUGUGGGAUGCUUUGCUUUGCUAUUUGGAUUCCGGCGCAUUCUUAUGCCCUGUUGCUCGUCUUUGCGGUUUUGGUCGGCACUGUCUGUGGCACGUUCUGGGGUACUAUCACGCCUGUCAUGGCCGAAGUGGUUGGCUUGAAUCGAUUGCCUUCGACUUUUGCUUUGAUUUGUCUUGCUCUGGUUAUCCCUACUACCGUUGCUGAGCCUAUCGCUCUCAGUCUUGUUGCUACCUCCGGAUACUUAAGUACCCAGGUGUAUGUGGCGUGCAUGUUCAUCCUUGGUUCGGUGAGUCUGUGGGUAUUGCGGUCUUGGAAAUUUUACGAGCUGGAGAUGAAGGCAUUGAGAGAGCGCGAAGGCGAUGCUGUUUCUAGUCACGCUUUGACUGCUGUUCCGAGUUACUUCACCUGGGUUCGGCCCCGUAAGCUUUUCUUAUACGGGCGCGUAUAA